AUUAUUUUAUUUCAAAAUGGAAUAUUAUUGCGGUUUGAAUAUUGAUUUCAUCUUCAGUUUUAUACAAUCUUAAUAUUCAAAUUUAUUCAUAAUUAUUUAAGCUUAAGCGCUUAAGUGCAAUUACAUAAAUAAAUCAAGAAAUGCCAACUACUAUCAAGGCUAAAUCUUUUGAUACCUAUUAUUUUUAUGUGUAUUUCAAAUACAUUUUAAGUUCUAUAAGUUAUGCACCAAACACGUUCUCGAAAUGCAAUCUGAAGCCAGCAAUAAUAUCACAAAUUAAAUUAAUCAUCAAUUUAAUAAUAAUGCUAUAAACUAACCUUUAAUUUGUGAUAUAUUUCAAGUUUAGGUUUAUGAGAGAGAUUCCAGACCGUUUUCCUUGUACAGUUUAUAAAAACUGCAAAUGUAUUUGAGACAUAUACAUAUAAAAAUAAUAUUAGGCACCAAGAUUGAGUCUUAAUUAUAGUUGAUAUUUACUUGUUUAUGUGAUUAUAAAUUUACUAACUUUCUAUUUUAUCUAAUAUUAUAAAUAUAAUUUUAAAGAAGGAAGCAUACAUCUAUUUUAUUUCAAAUGCGAAAGUUGUAACAAUAUACAAGGUUGCGUUCAAAAGCAUUAUCCAGGUGCUCUUAGAUAUCAUUUAAAAAAUAAGUUGUGUAUGCCCUAAGUACAUUAUCAGAAAGUUUUUGUUGAUAUAAGUAGAUUUCUCGAGAUCACAAAAUUUAUUGCUAUUUUUUGUACCUGCUAGACUAUUUUCACAUACAGAAUUUGUAAAUUCUGUUUCUGUAAGUUAAAUUGAGUAAAUGCAAAAUAUGCACAUCACAGCAUUUGCUAAGCAUUUAUCUACAUCAAUAAAUUUUUAUACAGACAAUUUUUGCUGUAGCUGCAUUCUUUUUUUUGGAGUGAUUAAGAAAUGAUUAUGCUGGUAUAAAGUAGCUCAAUUAAGCACAUUUCUUUAUGACAAGGAAAGAUUUUCAUUCUUUUUAUAGAGGGUGUCUCAGAGAUUUAAUCACAAGAUGUAUCUAAAAACUUUAAACAGUAAUUGUUUUUUAUUUCGAUAAAAACAAUUAAAAAAAAAGAAUUUAUCAUUUGAUGCAAUUUCCAAUAUCAAAUAUCCUUAAAUUUCGAGAAAAGUCUAUUAAAAUAGAAUCCAUGUGUAAUCAAACAAAGGUUAAAAAUUUUUUCUACAUUUGCGAAGCUACAUUUUCGAGAGGACAAACUUGAAAAAAUGUGUUUCCUUUUCCCUUUUGUUAUAUAUAGGAAAAUAAAUUUUCUACAUCGUCCAAUUUGCUCGAGGCGAAAAAUUUAUAGACAAAAAGUGCAUCGCGGAUCCGAGGUUUCCUGCAUUGCGGAAAUGUAAAUGAUAUCAGAUCUCAGAGUGAAACUGCCGCACGGAAUGUCGAUAUAUAUGUGACCUCCAUGCAAAAGGUGGUUCCACACAUCUGGGACACCCUUUAUAACACUGGGGGCUCGAUACGUCUCUUGGCGAAAAGAAAGAGAGAGAAAAUAGAAACGCACCGUGCCGCGAAGAAGGCACUGGGAUAAUGGAGGGGUAGAGCAGGAGGAGGAAGAUGAGGAGGAAGGAGGAGGGGGAAGCAAGAGAAAACGGUCCGAUGUCGAACUCGCGUGGUAACAUAGAGCUCUGCAUAUCCCGUCACUCGAAUAAAAACCAAACCCGGGAAUAUCGAUCCGACGCUAUAAACACCGACGAUUCCAUUUUGGUAUGUGCGUGCGUGCGUGUGCGUGCGAGCGGGCGGGCGAGCGAGCGAACAAAAUGUCGCCCCCAGCCCAUAUACCCACCAUAAUUAGUGGCGCGGUAAUAGCGAGUGGCGAGAGAAGGGAGGAAGAGGGGGAGGGAGGAGGCAUCGUGGAGAUCCGAAGGAGAGCGGGAAAUACGAUUGAAAGGCGGGUUGGCGCGACAAAGAGGGGAUGGGGAGAGGAGGCGGGGGGAGAAAGAAAAAUUGGGAGAGGGGAAGGAGCGAGAGGGAGAAAAGGAACAACUGUGCCAGGGGGACGGCCGACACACAUGGACACAUUUCGCCAUAAUGGAAAUUUAUGAAUACAAACGGACGAUUGUAAUAAUAGCAAAAAAAAAGAUGCAAGACGUGCGAGAGAGGCUUCUUUUUUUUCUCCCCUCUGCGACGCUCGCCGGAAGGCGCAACAAAAUGUACGACGCUGGCGUCACACGCACGCACGCACGCACGCACGCACAUACGUAUCCGGUCGUCCCUCCAUGCGAAUCCGAGGUGGCGGCGUCUCGCGGACGCCGACAUAUUGAAAUACAAAAUGAAGAACGCCGUUCGGAGAAAUGAUGGGACAGGAGUGCGUGCGAGAGAGACGGAGAGAGAGAAAAUAAACAAAAAGGAAAGACAGGCGAUGCAGUGUUAUCGAACAGUUGCACCGUGUCGACGAGUUGUCGUCGCCUCCAGCGAGGAUCGUCGUCGUCGUCGUCGUCGUCGGUGCGAUAUUCCGAAUAUUUAGCGAUUAUUUUCGUAUGGUAUGUAAAACACCGGAAGCACGGCGAAGGGGUGUACACCCUCGACGGUCGUCCUACGACGACCAUUACGACGACGACAACGACGACGAUGACGCCACCACGAGAAGCGCCUUCAACACGAACGUCUCACUCUACCUUCAUCAGCAGUGUAACAAGGCUGCUGUACGAUAUUUGGGAAAAACCACCGGUCGUUACUAUUCGACCAGUGGUGCAAAACCUGAAUUAACAUCGAUCAGGUACAAAAUGCGACGCGGACCCUAUGCCACGGUCACGGACGCAGACGUUCGCUUCUUCGAUUCGUUGCUCGGCUCCAAUCAUCUCAUCACAGAUCCAGAUGAAUGCGAGAGUUAUAACAUCGAUUUUCCAAAGACUAUUAGAGGUAUGAGUCAACUAGUAUUGAAACCGAAAUGUACCGAGGAGGUAUCGGCCAUAUUAAAAUACUGUAAUGAGAAACGAUUAGCAGUUUGCCCGCAAAGUGGUAACACCGGUCUUGUUGGCGGGAGCAACCCGGUGUUUGACGAAAUCGUCAUCUCCAUGCAACUCAUGAAUAAAAUUCUGGAUACAAAUGAAUUGGCAGGUGUACUGACAUGCGAGGCUGGCUGCGUUUUACAGGACUUGGAGAAUCAUUUGGCUACCGUCGAGUUGAUGAUGCCUUUGGACCUUGGAGCAAAAGGUAGUUGUAUGAUUGGCGGUUGCGUAUCCACAAAUGCUGGGGGAUUGCGACUUCUGCGUUACGGUAAUCUUCAUGGAAACGUUUUAGGAAUCGAAGCAGUAAAGGCAAACGGCGACAUUAUGAACGCGAUGAAUACACUUAAGAAGAACAAUACUGGAUAUCACUUGAAACAUCUUUUUAUAGGCUCAGAAGGCACGUUAGGGAUUGUAACCAAGGUAGUUAUUCAGUGUCCACCGUUACCAAAGGCUGUUAACAUCGCAUUUCUAGGAUUGGAAAGCUUUGAUAAAGUAUUGCAAAUAUCUCAUUUAGCGAAACGUCAACUAGGUGAGAUUCUGUCCUCCUGUGAGAUGAUGGACCGAUUGUCUAUGGACGUCUCUAUUAAUAAUCUGGGUUUGAAGAAUCCGUUGACAAGUCGUGAAGAUGGUCAUGAGUUUUAUAUGAUUAUUGAAACAUCCGGUAGUCAUUUGGCUCAUGACGAAGAGAAAUUAUCCUCGUUUGUAGAAAAAGCGAUCAAUGAUGACAUAAUUGAAGAUGGCACGUUGACAAACGAAACAACAAAACUUAAUAAUAUAUGGGCCCUUCGAGAAAGAAUUAGCGAAGGUGUCUUACGUGACGGAUAUGUCUUCAAAUACGACAUCUCUUUACCUCUGUUAUCCUUUUAUGAAGUUGUCGAGGUGCUCCGCAAGAGACUACGCGAUCCACGUAUUGUUAGGAUUAGCGGUUACGGCCAUUUAGGUGACGGAAAUAUUCAUGUACAAGUCUCUAUACCGGAGUAUUAUGAGGACGUAGCUGCGCAAUUGGAGCCAUUUAUUUUUGAGUAUGUGUCGCAACGCCAGGGUAGCAUUAGUGCCGAACACGGUAUCGGUUUUAAAAAGACUAAAUAUCUUUAUCUGAGCAAGAGCUCUUCCGAGAUCAAAAUGAUGUACGAUUUGAAGAAAAUGAUGGAUCCGAAUGGCAUUCUGAAUCCAUAUAAAGUUUUAAAACCAAUUGUACAAGCGUCAUGAUUAUUGUAAAAAUAAUUUCUAUCAAAAAUGAAAUGUGCCAUUUAAUGUGCCACUUGAACAAAAUCGAGUAAAGGAUUAUAGAUAGAAGAUCGAGUAAGUAAUACGAAAAUAAUCAAAAUGAUUGUCUUUAAAAAAUGUUUAAGAAAAUGUAUUUGUAUGUAGAAAAGUAUUCAUGUAUAAUGUGCCAUCAAUUCGAUAGUGUUUGGCGUUGUGUUACAUAUGCAUUGAUUUCAUAUGCAAUGUUUUAUAUGCUUCUCUUUUGGCUGUUUUCCACCUGUCGAUAAAAGCCUAUAAAACGUUUCGAUGACUAACGCCUCACUCGAAAUAGAUACGUGGCGUGAUUGGUAACAGCUACAAGAAAACAUUUGUGUUUGCAAAUAUAAUAUUGUAGAUAUUUAUAAUCAUCUAAUUUUGAAAUAUAUACACACACCAAUAUAACGUACAACAUGUACCUGAUGUAUAAAAAGGAAACUGUAAAGCAAGCGACAGGGAUCUAAUCAAAUGACUGUAAAAUAUUUUGUUGCACACAUACACACUUGCUUGCAUUUAAUGUAGCCAUGCUUAGAAUUAAAUAAAACAUUUAUAGAAUUUUAUGUUUAAAAAAACGGUGAUAUAAUGAACAAAAAGCUUUUAAUAAAGACUUUAUUUUUUUCA